GCCUGGCUUGAGCUGUCGCGAGACUUGGUCGGCCGGACGCCGGAAGCGGCGCUGGAGUCCGUCGCGGCCGGAGGGGCGGGCUCCGGGGCUGAGCGAGUCCGGGCUGCUGUCGGCUUUCUUGACGGCGCAAGAUGGCGGACAUUUCGCUGGACGAGCUCAUCCGGAAGCGCGGAACGGCGACCAAGGGGCGGCUCAGCGCCAGGCCGGGAGCUGGAGGUGUGCGGUCGCGAGUCGGGGUCCAGCAGAGCCUCGUCAGCCCGGCGACGCGCACAGCCAGCUUCCAGCAGAGGUUUGAUGCCCGGCAGAAGAUCGGGCUCGCGGACGCUCGGCUCAAGCUGGGAGUCAAGGACGCCCGGGAGAAGCUCCUGCAGAAAGAUGCCAGGUUUCGCAUCAGAGGGAAAGUGCAGGACGCCAGAGAGAUGCUCAACUCCCGCAAGCAGCAGAGCUCCGUGGCCCAGAAGCCCCGGCCGGUGGCCGACGCCCGGGAGAAGAUCAGCCUGAAGAGGGGUUCCCCUGCAGCCUUCAUGAGCCCGCCCGUCGGGACGGUGACCCCUGCCCUGAAGCUCACCAAAACCAUCCAGGUUCCACAGCAGAAGGCCAUGGUGCCACUUCACGCUCAUCCUGCUGGAAUGAGAAUCAACGUUGUCAAUAACCACCAGGCCAAACAGAACUUGUAUGACCUGGACGAAGAUGAGGACGCUCUGGCUCCACUUCCUGCCAAGCAGAUGAAGUUUGCAGCCUCGGGCGGCUUUCUGCACCACGCGGCUGGGCUGAGCAGUUCCAAGUUCUCGGUGUCGAAGGCCCUCCCUCUCACCAAAGUGGUGCAGAAUGACGCAUAUACCGCCCCCGCUCUCCCCUCCUCUGUGCGAACCAAAGCCUUGACCAGCGUGUCCCGCACGCUGGUGAACAAGGAGGAGCCCCCCAAAGAGCUGCCGCCUGCUGAGCCUGUGCUUAGCCCUUUGGAAGGCACCAAGAUGACGGUCAACAACCUGCACCCCCGAGUCACCGAGGAGGACAUCGUCGAGCUUUUCUGUGUGUGUGGAGCCCUCAAGCGGGCUCGGCUGGUCCAUCCUGGGGUCGCAGAGGUGGUCUUUGUGAAGAAGGACGAUGCUAUCACCGCAUAUAAGAAGUACAACAACCGGUGUCUGGACGGGCAGCCAAUGAAGUGCAACCUUCACAUGAACGGGAACGUCAUCACGUCGGACCAGCCCAUCCUGCUGCGACUGAGUGACAGCCCCGCAGUGAAAAGGGACCCUGAGCUGCCCCGCAGGGUGAACGCUGCCUCCUCCAGCCCCGCAGCGGAAGUGGACCCUGACACCAUCCUGAAGGCGCUCUUCAAGUCCUCCGGGGCCUCAGCCACCACACAGCCCACAGAGUUCAAAAUCAAACUCUGAGCAGGGGGGUGAGGCAGAGGAGGGUGGCCCUGUCUCCCCAGGCAAAGCUCGUGACCAAGGGGCCGCUGGACUGCAGCCUCCUGAGCGGGGCAGGCCGCCAGGGGUGGAGCUUCCUCACUGGACGGGGCCGGCGUUCCACGCUGUGUUCACUGCGCCCUCCUGUAUGUUAACAUGUCCUGUAGUGCGUUUCCUCCCUUCCACACCAUCACUAAGGUAGGCUUGAGUUUCUCUGGGUGUUCCUGCCCUCCCUUCAGCCCCAGGCAGAUUUCUCACCCCGCUGCUGCGAGGCCCCGCUGGCUUGCGGCAGGAGUGAGGGACAGUGUCUUCCCUUCAUUACUUAGCAUUGCAGAGCUGUGCGUGGGAACCCCGCCAUCCUGGUGGGAGCCAUGAGCCCACCACUACUGAUGGGUAGGGAUCCGGGCACGGGCCCCCUGUCCUGGCACGAGGGGCUCCAGGCCCUGCCAGGAAGACUGCACCGGGCUCCGGGAGUGGAGGCCAGGGCUGUCUGGAGCAGCCCAGAGUGAGAUCCUGCACCGUCCUGUGUCCUCCCUGUGUCCGCUUGGCCUGCUGGGGACCUUGCAACACGUGUUGGCCUCACAGUCCUCAUCCAGUGUAGCCCCGCACACCCCGCUUUGGGUGCAAAAGCUGGGCCUGUCCAGAGCUCCGCCUCCUUUUCAACGUCAUGGCUUUGGGGGAUUAUUUAAAUGAGAGUUGUUAGCUUGCUUCUGUCUCUUGCCUCAGUUGUUUCUAGAACAGUGUAAAGCCCCUGCUGUCACUCGGCAGCACCCUGCUGGUUUGUGGGGAUCAGAGGGGCUCCAGCAGGCAGAGCUGGGGGGCAGCUGGCGAGCAGUGCAGGGAGCAGGCACGGCACUCAGAGCCUCUCAGGACUCGCCUGGUGCUGGCCCGGCGCGGCGCACUGGGGAGGUCGGGGUUCCCACAGCUAGAAAUCCGGCAGGCAGCACGGAGCCAGCGUCUGACCCCUGCUCAGUCCAGCUCUGAGGUGCCCAGGCCAGGGAGGUCCAGGAAGGCUUCCUGGCCGCGCUCCACUUCCUGGUUCUUCAAAGAUGGCUGCUCUUUCCCCUGCCCCCGUCAGUGGGUACAGACCUAAUUCUUGUCAGCCACUGGAAGACAUUCCUCCCACCCGACCCUUCCUGCCCACGAGAGCACCCGGAAGCAGCAGGCCUGGGUUUCUCUGGCACUGGCAGCAGUCCGAUUUCUGCGUGGACUCUGCCGAGGGUGCCGGUGGAAACGUGCCAGGGCCUUGCCUGAGACUCCCAGGCCGUGCGGCUCUGGUUAGCGCAGUUCCCCUGAGCUCGGCUGACACGCCUGGCCCUGGGUGACCGUACGGUACGUUGAGGCAGGAGGGGCUGCUGCCUCCCCUGCUCACAGGUUGUCAUCUUGGGGAACAGGGCCGAGCGUCACCCUCCAGCCUCCGCCCUCGUGAGCUGUCCGUCUCUUGUCCAGCAGGAGGGAAGGGGAUGACUGUACGACCCAUUUCUGAAUAAAUGUUUGUUAUUCCUA